AUGUCAUCAGCCAAGCUUCACGGUCAUCCGUCAUUGCCAGCGCCCGCUAUGCACGUCGGGUUUUCUGCUCAUCAGUCAAAGUCCCACGUUUUGGCUGGUGUCCAGGACGCGUACUGGAGCGACGACGAUGCAGAUGACGCUGAAUGCCCCCUCUGUCUGGAGGAGAUGGACAUCUCUGACCUUAAUUUUAAACCUUGUGUUUGUGGAUACCAGAUCUGCCGUUUCUGCUGGCACCACAUCAAGCAAAACCUCAAUGGGCGGAGUACUACCGACGAUGCCGUACAGUUCAAGCCAAUCCCACAAGAAGAUCACAAGCGCCUUACUCAACAGAAGAAACAACGUGAACGCGAACGGAAGGAACUUGAUGCCCUCGGUCGUCGUCACUUCGUGAACGUGCGUGUGGUGCAGCGCAACGUGGUCUACGUCGUGGGUAUUGGACCCAGGUUCGCCAAGGAAGAGCUUAUACCUACGUUGCGAUCCAACGAGUAUUUUGGUCAAUAUGGCAAAAUAUCCAAGAUUAUACUCGUUAAGAGGACUUCAUCAGGCGGUUCCCCUGUACUUGGUCUGUACAUAACCUAUCACCGCCGGGAGGAUGCGGCUCGCUGUAUCGCUACUGUUGAUGGCGCCCCCUCUCCUGGUGGUGGUCGGGAAGUGAUGAGGGCCAGCUACGGCACUACGAAAUAUUGCAUGGCUUUUCUCCGGAGUCUUACUUGUUCCGAUAGCACUUGUAUGAGCCUGCACGAAUGGGGCGACGAGAAAGACUGCUUCACCAAGGAAGACUUGACAACAUUGAAACACACGAUCAAGGACACGGAGAAUAGAACACGCUCUGCGAAAGAUGAUGCUGGAAGGCUGCCGCGGGGUGCAGCCUGGGGCACGAAGGCGUCGGUGCCAGUCACUAGUUCCCCGACUAUGCCAUCUUCGUCGGUCACGAUUGUGCAAAGGUCGAACCGACGGGGUGGUCAACGGCAAGCCCGCAACCCAAAUCCAGACUCGAAGUCGUCAAACCGUUCCCAUCACGAUCGAAAACCCGGUCCCGCCGCAGGAAACACGAAGACACCUUCGGUUACUUCGUUGUCGCGUCCUCCGACACCUGCAGUGGCUUGCCUCCCUCGAAGACCCGCAACUCCUACAGACGUCAAGAUUCUCCUGUCUCCGGCGCCCUCUACCACAAUCGAGUCCGACUUGGGUUCAGGGUCCCAGGAUGUACCACCAUCCCCUGCCCGACCACGGUCCACCGAAUCAGUUCAAUCUUCCGUUCCGUCUAACGUCCUUGGUGGCCCAGAUGUACCGCCUGGUUUCUCUGCCCCUCCUGGCCUGCCUCCCCCUUCCCGGAAAUCUGACCUCCAUGCACCAAGUAUCCAACCCUCUCAAUCUACCUAUCAAAUCUCUACCGCUGCACAAGCUUUGUUGGAUGAUGUUAAGUUUCGGCGAGAGAACGCACCUGCCAACACCACUGCGAGCAUUUUCCCGGACCUUGAUCGCACUCUUCGCAUGCUUUCCAGGGAGGAUGAAUUUGGUGGUUUUAGCUUCAACCUAGAUCCCAAGUUGGCGGGCAACAACCCUAACACAGAUAUCGCUCUCCCGGAUCUUGAAGUAGAAACCACUGUACCAUAUACCGGUGGAUUCAUAGAUACGUUCCCCGCCCUCCGAUCCCAGCAGCAAUUGCCGUCCUCGAAGUCAUUUACUGCACCACCACCAGGCAUUUCAUACCCUCAGAGUUCCUCCCGGUCAGUGUACGAUCCACUUUCAAUGCGGGGUACACCCAUCGAUCACCAAUCUACGGGAUGUUCUAACUACAUGGGAACCUUCAACCCGUUCGGAGAAAGUACAGAGGAGUCAGCUUCACAAUCACAAGUGGCAGCCUCAGGGAAGUCGGUACUUCCGGAUGAGGAAAGAAAGGUGUCCAGAUUUGGAUUUGCUAGAGGGCGCCAGGGUUCCACGGCUGCAUCAUCACCAGUUCAUGCUGCCUCCCCCCUAAGUGCUAGUGAUAGUCAUCAGUCUUUCUUCUCUGCAGAAACCGCCUCACCAGCACAACCUCAUUGGAACUCGUCUAGUCAUUUCGAUCGCAGCUACCCGACUUCGCCGCUAGCGCAGCAUGCGCAAGUGGUGCAAGCUCCCCCACAGCAGCAGCCCCGCUUUCAGCCAUUCGAUACCAGUGUUGGUGUCAGCGAGGCACAACUCCGCGAAUUUUUGCAGACUUCUCGAGAGCGAGCUAAUGCUAUGCAGAACGGCGCAGCUGGUAGGAGGCUUCUGUCUUUCCACGAUCCUGCUAUCAUGUCUGCCAGGCUUGCUUCCCCGCGACUCACUAAUGGCUGCGCACCACCGAACGUCCCACUGGGACCCCCUCCGGGUUUAGGGUUUCCACCGGGUCUUCCCACCAAUCACGCAGCGCCGGUCCUUCACUUGCGAAGCAACGACGACUCGCUUAUAGAUCCCUCGCGAUUCAAUGCCCUUCCAAACGUCCCCCAAUCUGCGCCUGCACCUACGUCGUCGCCCACCCUUUCCCCCGAGGAUUUUCCAGCGUUAGGCGCCAGUACUACUGCUACCGGCAGUAUUGCCACACAGGGUGAUUCCCAAGCGGCGAGCGAGAUCGGGUCUACCGCCGAGGGUAGCAAAGGUCAAGCAAAGACUGAUCGCAAGGCUGCCAAGAAAGUUGCUGCUGCACAACGAGCACUCGAGCGGCAAAAAUUUGUUCAGGAGAGGGCUGCGGCACGUUCCGCUGAGAAGGCACGCAUUGCUCAAGAGAAGGCUGCAGAGAAGGAGAGGCUGGCCAUUUUGAAAGAAGAGAGGGAGAAAGGGGAAAGAGAGCGAAUUGAAAGGGAGAAAGCGGAGAGGGAGAAAGCAGCUCAUGAGAAGGAGGAGAAGGCAAAGCGCGACCUAUUAAGAUCCCCAAGGCAGAUUGACACCAACACGGAAGAGAUCCCGUCUACAACAGAGACUUCGGCUCCAGCUAUUGGUACGGGCAAUCAAACCAUUUUUUCUAGCCCGAGCGACUCCAGAGCUCAAUCGGUUGACCGAGUGUCACCUAUUGAGCGGGCUUCUGUGGCGGACCUUAUGGAUGAGAUCGAUGCGAGGAAUCUAUAUAUGAAUCUUCCCAACCAUCCUUUCUUCGACCUUCACAAAAUCAACCCCGCUGCUAAGAUGCCUUUGGAAUAUGCACCCCUUGUCCAUGCGCUGUCUGCGUUGUCAGUCGGAGGGGGCUCGUUUGCGACCAGCAUGCCGUCAGGUUCCAUUGACAAUGCCGUGUCAUCGUUCCAGCAGCUGCUGGAAACCUUGACGCAAACAAUUUCUGAUCUUCUGCGCCUCCUUCCCCGUACCACUUGGGACGACAGCUCAUCGUUUGACGGUGUUCUCAGGGACAUGCUCAAAGGUGACGAUUUCCUUGACGAGACGGGUGAUGACGCAGUUGGAAAAGAGGAUGAAGUAGCCGCGCUGACCCAGGCGCUCGAAAGGCGUGCUCGUUGGAUGGAAGUGCAGUUGUCCAAGCUCGAAGAGUUGCAUCGCGACAUCAACAAUGCGGCCGUCCGCGCCGUGCUAGCUUUUAACGACAAUGGCUGGGGCUGCCAGAAAUCGUUACCUCGGGUUGGUAAUACACUCCGCCGGUUCGAUAGCAUUGGGUUCAUCGAGGAAAACGGUCAGAUGAGGCCCAUGACUGUGGAGGAGCUGGAGAAGAAACUGGUUGUGGCGAAAGAGGCGGCGGUCUUUGCAGAAACUGAGUUGAGGGAAGCCAUGGAGAAGGUCCAGGCUGUGCGGCCGCUGGAGGUCGAUGACUAUUGA